CUUUUUGUGGCCUUAGAAGAUGCAGCAUGUGCUGUCAUUUGUGGGUAUGGAAAGGGGGAGGCGUUGAGCAUCUGAAAGACUUUUAAUGAACGCUGUCAGUGUCUUUUGAGAGCAAAUAGUCACAGACACAGGAAGAAUGCGGUGGAAAGUGCUGUGCUUUUUCUAUUUUCACAUUGGAGGCACAUAGACGACAUCUCCUUACAGGGCAUCUGCAUGAUACGGCUUAAUAUCGAGCAUCCAAGAAAAGGAAUCUUCUCAUCGUCUUUGGAUAUUGUGUUCGCCUGCAGCUGGUUCCUUUAUUCUAUCUGGUUGAAUAUGUAGAUCUUCUGUGUGCGCUGUGUUGUUUUUUAUUUUUUUUUAUUUUUUAUUUUAUUUUUUUUUAUUCCUUUUGUCGCCUAGUUGCCUAGACAAUCAUUUGCUCUUUAAGAGAAUGUCUGGCACUCGUAAAGACUUUGAUGUGAAGCAGAUACUAAGAAUCAGAUGGAGGUGGUUUGGUCACCAGGCAGCACCUGUCAACGCUAUCCAGCAAGGAGACUCUCUGAGUGGUGAUCAGAGCCCAGUGGCUGGGGAGAGAAAGUUUUUGGACCCGAGUAACCUCCCUCUGCCCUUGCAGUCAGUAGAAUCCAGAAGAACCAGCAGUCAGGGCUUCCAAAAUUUGCUUCCUUUCUCCAUGGCGUCCGCGUCUGAGCACACUGCCUCCUCGACAGAACUUGCUGCAGGUGCCUCAGAAGCAGGACAUUGGCUUAACAAACCAGAACCUGAAGAUGGAGCCAGCGAGGAAGACGUUGACUCCGAGAGCAGUUCCUGCAGGACCUCAAACAGCAGCCAAACGUUAUCUUCCUGCCAUACAAUGGAGUCCUGUGCCCCAGAUGAGUUCUUCCAGUCCCUCAACCAUGCGGAGCAGACCUUCAAGAAGAUGGAAAACUACUUGCGGCACAAACAGCUUUGUGAUGUUGUCCUGAUCGCUGGCGAUCGGAGAAUUCCUGCACACAGGUUGGUUCUGUCCUCCGUAUCAGAUUACUUUGCAGCAAUGUUCACCAGUGACGUCAGAGAAGCCAAACAGGAGGAAAUAAAAAUGGAAGGUGUUGAACCCAAUGCUCUUUGGGCCUUAGUUCAGUAUUCAUACACAGGUCGCCUGGAGUUAAAAGAAGACAACGUUGAGAGUCUCCUGUCCACUGCCUGUCUACUGCAGUUAUCUCAAGUAGUUGAGGCUUGCUGUAGUUUCUUAAUGAAGCAGCUUCACCCCUCCAACUGCUUGGGUAUCCGUUCUUUUGCUGAUGCUCAGGGAUGUGCAGAUUUACAUAAGAUGGCUCAUAGUUACACAAUGGAUCAUUUCUUGGAAGUAAUAAGAAAUCAAGAGUUCCUAUUGUUGCCAGGGACAGAAAUAGCUAAACUACUAGCAAGUGAUGAUAUGAACAUUCCAAAUGAAGAAACCAUUCUCAAUGCCCUGCUUACCUGGGUCCGGCAUGAUGUGGAAGAAAGAAGAAGAGAACUAAGUAAACUGUUGGCGUAUAUCCGCCUCCCUCUGUUGGCACCCCAGUUUCUUGCAGACAUGGAAAAUAAUGCACUAUUUAGGGAUGACAUUGAGUGUCAGAAACUAAUAAUGGAAGCCAUGAAAUACCACUUAUUGCCUGAGCGGAGACCCAUGUUACAGAGCCCUCGCACAAAGCCCAGGAAGUCCACUGUAGGGAUGCUGUUUGCUGUUGGUGGAAUGGAUGCCACAAAAGGAGCUACUAGUAUUGAAAAGUAUGAUCUGCGGACCAACAUGUGGACCCCAGUAGCAAACAUGAAUGGACGGAGGCUGCAGUUCGGUGUUGCAGUGUUGGAUGACAAGCUGUAUGUUGUUGGAGGGAGGGAUGGACUGAAGACAUUGAAUACUGUUGAGUGUUAUAAUCCUAAAACCAAAACGUGGAGUGUUAUGCCACCUAUGUCUACACAUCGGCAUGGCCUUGGUGUGGCAGUUUUAGAAGGUCCUAUGUAUGCUGUUGGUGGCCACGAUGGUUGGAGCUACCUUAACACAGUGGAACGGUGGGAUCCUCAGGCUAGGCAAUGGAACUUUGUUGCUAGUAUGUCAACUCCGAGGAGCACAGUGGGUGUAGCAGUCCUGGGUGGAAAACUUUAUGCAGUAGGUGGUCGGGAUGGAAGUUCUUGCCUCAAGUCUGUAGAAUGCUUUGACCCUCACACCAAUAAGUGGACCUUGUGCUCACAGAUGUCCAAAAGAAGAGGGGGAGUUGGGGUAGCCACAUGGAAUGGUUUCUUAUAUGCGAUUGGGGGACAUGAUGCUCCGGCGUCAAAUUUAACUUCUCGACUUUCAGACUGUGUAGAAAGGUAUGAUCCCAAAACGGACAUGUGGACUUCGGUGGCCUCCAUGAGUAUUAGCAGGGAUGCAGUAGGUGUCUGUCUGUUGGGUGACAAACUGUAUGCUGUUGGCGGGUAUGAUGGACAGAGCUAUCUGAAUAAUGUGGAGGCUUAUGACCCACAAACAAAUGAAUGGACGCAGGUUGCCCCAUUGUGCCUUGGUAGAGCGGGGGCUUGUGUUGUCACAGUGAGACUAUAGCCUACAAGUUUUCAAUGUCGUCUGCACAUUCCAAAGAGCUACAGAAUCAUGGAAGACAUAAAGCUUUAUUGUGAAGGAUAUGCGUAAAGGAUACUACUAUUAUUUAUCAUGUGUUAUAAUGUUCUACCUGAACACUUUUUAUAGAUGUUGAUCAUUUGUCUAUGACAGAGUAUUUAACUCCUUAUAUUGGACCAACGUACGAGAGACAGAGAUGUUUUAUUUACUUAUGUUACAAUUGCAUUUGCAGGGCAAACCAUGUAACCAGUCAUGUAUUGGUCCAUCAGAUGGAAAUGUUAAAGUAUUAUGUUGCUGUUUUUUUUAUCUAUACAAUCACAUGUAAAGCCAUUGCUUCAUGUGGAAUCAAAGCAAGUGCAAUCAGGGGCUCCUGGAGGUUUGUAGGGUGCAGUUUAAGGAGUGGUGACCCCCUAGGCCACUUAUAUUCAGAUGUUGUAUGGAGAGCUAUGAGAAUGAAAAACUGAAGGAAGAAAUAUUUUAUCUCUUUAACUUUAUUACUUAUUGUUUGAUUUUAAUUGACCAAAGUUUCUUUUUUGUUUUUGUUUCUUCUUUUUUUAUUUCUAUUUUGUAACUUUUACAGACCAAUAUUAAGGUAAUGAAGUGAGUUCAUUUAAAACAAACGCAGAUGUAAAUAUGUAGAACAUGUUUUAAGGAAACCUGCCACAUGAAUUACCGUAUUUUUUGCCCUAUAGGACGCACCGGUAUAUAAGACGCACCCAAUUUUAAAGGUGCAAAAUCUAGAAAAAAAAGAUUCUGAACCAAACAGUGAUCUUCAACCUGCGGACCUCCAGAUGUUGCAAAACUACAACUCCCAGCAUGCCCGGACAGCCGUUGGCGUUUUGCAACAUCUGGAGGUCCACAGGUUGAAGAUCACUGGUAUAGGAGGUAAUACUCACGUGUCCCCGGCGCUCCGGACCUGUCACCGCUGCCCUAGAUGUCGCCCCGUCCCGUGGUGUCCCCGACGCUCCGGACGUCUUCUUCCCCGGGAUCCACGCUCUCUGUCGCCGUCAUCACGUCGCUACGCACGCCGCUUCUAUUGGAUGACGGGACGGCGUGCGCGACGACGUGAUGUCGUCGAAGGAGAGCGCUGGCCAUGCAGGGGAUCCCGGCAUGGAGCAGACACCGAGGAGGCAGGUAAGGUCCCUCCUGGUGUCCUGUAAGCUGUUCGGGAUGCUGCGAUUUCACUGCGGCGGUCCCGAACAGCCCGACUGAGCAGCCGGGUUAGUGUCACUUUAGCUUCAGACGUGGCGGUCAGCUAUGAUCGCAGCGUCUGAAGGGUUAAUACAGGACAUCACCGCGAUCAGUGAUGUCCUGUAUUAGCCGCGGGUCCCGCCCGUUGAUGGCCGCAGGGACCGCCGCGAUAGGUGUGUAUUUGCCGUAUAAGACGCACAGUUUUGUGGAAGAAAAAGUGCGUCUUAUAUGGCGAAAAAUACGGUAAGGUAAUACGGUAAGGUAAAGAAUGACUUCAAGAAGAUUUAGUAAAAUUGCCUUUAGCUAGAACGGUUUUGCAUACCAUGAGACUGUAAAUGGUAUUGGUCUCCAAACAAUAGAUGUGGACUCCUUUAAAUUAUAAAUAAAAAGAUUAUUUUUAUGUUUGGCAACCAACAUAUGCUCCAGGAAAGGUACAGAUUGCUUUCAUACCCUAAAAGUUAUCCAAAGGUGUCUGCAGCUCUUAGCAAAAAGUACAGCUGACAGAUUCCCCUGAAAGGGUGCUGUUUGUUUCCCCUCAAAAACAUUGGCACUUUCUUUCAUGGGCUAUAUAUGGUAUUGUAGUUAAGUCUUAGCCAUGUAAGCCAAAUUAAAAAAAAAUGUCUAAGCCAAAGCAACAGAAAGAACCUUUACUUAUUAAAAAUAACCUUAGUUCUUCACUAAGCUUCGUUGGCUGUACACUUUGUAACAUGCACUACGGUACAGAAUAUUUCCAAAGAUAAUUAUCAAGAACAAAUAUUUUUAUAAUUUCAUAAUCCAAUUUUAAAUACGGAGAAGUUUAAACAUAUUCAUAAUGUGUGGAAUAUAGAAGGAGUUGUCCUACCUUUAACACUUAUAUCUCUUUAUCCACAGGGUAGUGGAUAAAGUGUAUCAUUGCAGGGCUUGACUGCUGGGACCCCCUGCAGUCUCGAGAAUAGGGAUUCCAAAGUUCCCAUUGGAUUAGAACAGUAGUCAGACAUGCACACUGCCACUCCAUUCACUGACAUCCUUUUAAAGGGGUUGUCCCAUCAUUAACUC